ACGAGGUUCGUUGUUUACAUGUUUUCUAGGAAAGAGCAGUGUGUUGUGAAAUCACCUUCAGGGAUUCAGUUUCAUUAAUCACACUGCGCAGAGUUUUCACACACUAUAUACUCCUGAAACAGAGAGCAGAGAGACCUUUACACCGUUAUUCUCUGGUGGGUUAAUCGUGUGAGAAUGUUUGAGCUCGGGAGUCGACUGGCCCACAUGUACCUCUCCUCGGGGCCCGGAGAACCCAGCGGCUGUGUGCAGAACAGCAGCCUGUCCUCUACUGCUGGUCUGGAUCUGGCAAAAAACAAAGAGGAGAAGAUUCCUGGCUUACAAGAAUUUCUGCAACAUGUGCGGAGGCUCAGUGGGCUGAAGAAAGAAGACGUUUUCUGUAACCUGCGUGUCCCAAAUCAGUUUCAGACAUCACGCCAGGAGAUCAACCUCAUCAUCCUCACAGGUGCCGGUGUGUACUGUAUGGACGUAAAGCCAUGGAGGGGCGUGGUUUCUGCUCCCGCUCCCUACACUUGGCACAUCCAGGUGAAAGAGGAGGAGCAGAACUUCACUAACACGUCCAUCCAGCAGAUCCCCGACCCCCUGCAGUCCAUCACGAUGAAGACCAGGGACCUGUGCAGCCACAUGCGGCGGUGCGGCGUGAACAUCAAACCCACGCUGUUUUUACCCAGAAUCCUCUUCCUCUCACCGCACUGUCACCUGGAUGAAGAGCUGAAAAAGAGGAAGGAGCUGGUCCCUCAUGGUGACAUGGAGAAAUUUCUGCGCUCGCUCAGGGAGGGCUAUGUCACCUGGAUCGCAGACGCCAUCACGCCCUCGUGGAUCUCAGGUCACUUGUCAUUCAGGCAGUUGGGGGCGGCGAGAGACGUGCUGGGACGGUUGGGGACGUGGGACGUGGUGCGGCUGAGCAGCGGCGCCGAGCUGAAGGGCGAUUUUCAGGGUUGCCAGCACCUCGCCAUCGACAGACAGGAAACAGACGUGCUGGAGUUCAACAGGGGGCGGAGCCUAAGUACUGACACACUGUGGGCUCUGCUGGGACACACACCACAGGUGACGGUGAGGAUGUACAAGCGUGGAGCUCACAGCUGGCUGGGAAAACCUCUCAGCGGGACGUCCACCAUCCCAUCCAGCACACACGUCGUGUUUCGCAUCAGCGGAGACGACAAAGACGCCAAGAUCCCGUCUAACAGCAUCCACACCAUCACGCUUAGCAUCUAGAGAGAGAGAGAGAGAGAGAGAGAAAGAGAGUGAGACAGCAAGAUAGAUAGAGUGAGAAAGAGAGAGAGAGAGAGAAAGAGUGAGACAGCAAGAUAGAUAGAGUGAGAAAGAGAGAGAGAGAGAGAGAGUGAGAGAGAGAGAGAGAGCGAGAGAGAUAGAGAGUGAGAGAGAGAGUGAGAGAGAGAGAGUGAGAGAGAGAGUGAGAUAGAGAGUGAGAGAGAGAGAGAGUGAGAGAGAGAGAGUGAGAUAGAGAGUGAGAGAGAGAGUGAGAGAGAGAGUGAGAGAGAGUGAGAUAGAGAGUGAGAGAGAGUGAGAUAGAGAGUGAGAGUGAGGGAGUGAGAUAGAGAGUGAGAGAGAGAGUGAGAGAGAGAGUGAGAGAGAGUGAGAGAGAGUGAGAGAGAGUGAGAUAGAGAGUGAGAGAGAGAGUGAGAUAGAGAGAGAGAGUGAGGGAGAGAGUGAGAUAGAGAGUGAGAGAGAGUGAGAUAGAGAGUGAGAUAGAGAGUGAGAGAGAGAGUGAGAGAGAGAGAGUGAGAUAGAGAGUGAGAGAUAGAGAGAGAGAGAGAGAGAGUGAGAUAGAGAGAGUGAGAUAGAGAGUGAGAGAGAGUGAGAGAGAGAGUGAGAUAGCGAGAGAGUGAGAUAGAGAGUGAGAGAGAGUGAGAUAGAGAGUGAGAGAGAGUGAGAUAGAGAGUGAGAUAGAGAGUGAGAGAGAGAGAGCGAGAGAGAUAUAGAGAGUGAGAGAGAGUGAGAUAGAGAGUGAGAGAGAGUGAGAUAGAGAGUGAGAUAGAGAGUGAGAGAGAGAGAGCGAGAGAGAUAUAGAGAGUGAGAGAGAGAGAUAUAGAGAGUGAGAGAGAGUGAGAUAGAGAGUGAGAGAGAGGUAUCUCCAGGUAAAUGUUAGCGACUUAACACUCUCUUAAGACCCAUAAACAUAAAAAUUGCCUUCAGAGCAACAUCACAGAGGAUCCAUUUUGUCUCCGUUCAGAACCCUUCGGUCCAACAUUUGUUUUUGACGCCGCCUUCAUAAGAACAAUCCUUGUAUUAAAGUAUUGGCACCCUCAACUUCCAUUAUGAGAACCGUGCUCAGUAGUUCUCCGUGACAGGACACCAGGAUCAUUCUGGAUUUGAAUUUGUGCCUGAUGGAAACUUCAUGCUUUAAGGGUGAAAUGAUCUGGACGUUACAUCUGUAAUAUAAACCUUUUAUGUUCGUGUACAUUUUUUAGUUACUGUGAUGUUGACGAUGGUUCUUCUAUAGCAUCGCUCUAAAGAACUUUUACUCAUAAAGGCACAUUUAUUUAUUUAUUUAUUUAUGUAUAUGUAUAUUUAUUUUACCAUACAGCAUGUACAGCGCGUCCGAAAUACAUCUACAUCACAGAUUUUUGUGUGGGAUUGGGUUUGGAUCAUCCGCGUAUCUGCGUGUCGGCUUGUUUAACAGCUACGCGAUUUACGCCGGCUGUAAUUGCUCACUCGACAAAACAGCGGCCGCUCAUCUUGACACGUUUUUCAACACCGAAUCCAUUUGCGACCUCGCGCAUUGUUAAAGCCCUCCAAGAGCAGCGGCUGGAGCACAAGCUACGUAAACUGCGCUAAACUCGACUCGUGACACGACUGCACUCCUUCACCCAAGCACAAUGGGAAAUCGCUGGCGUUUUAUGGAAAUGGCGACGUUUAUGCUAAUUAUCGCGGCUCAUUUUCUCUUGUUUUGGAUGACGAGUCUAGUGUCAGCCCAUGCUUUGAAGCGGCAAAUUAAUUAGCCAUCGUGUCGCUGAACUCUUUUAAGGAGUGAGCGCUAAUGCUAAUUUGAUGCAGGUGUGGAACCGGGACUGAUUGAUGCCGCACGAAGAGUUGUGUUGGGCUGUAGAACGGUCUAGAAGUUGUUUUUUUCUCUCUCUAAAGUUGAAUUGGAUUCGUUUCGGCUCGGUGGAGUUUCACUCAGAUUUCUCUGGAACUCUUUUAACCCCGACAAGUUUACAGCUGGGAAAGUUUUUUUUUACAAUGUAUACAGCUGGCUCCAUUUUACUUUCUCCACACCGUUUAGCAUCCGAGCGAUAUUAUACUAGGUUUCACCAGCAGAUGAAUCGAGAAAGAGAUGAAAUUGAUGUCAGUGCUAAUGGCUAACUUGUGUGUUAUGCUAGUUUAGCAAGGAGUAUUGUUUACGUUUAUCUUUUAAAUAAUUGGUCGUUAUAUUCUUGUGAAUUGUGCCCUUACUGCUAACAGCUAGCAGGCUCAUUUCAUGCCUCUGAGAUUUGUCCACCGCUUAAUCCAUUAUAUUUUCCUGUCAGUGCUAACAGCUAUGUUAUGCUAGCUAGUUUAUUAUUCAGGAUUUAUCAUUACAGAGAAAUAAUUGGCCUUAUUUGUUGACCCAUUCACAGGGUGUUUCUUUUCACUCAGUGCAUUGUCCUUCUUUCUUACCGCCAGCGCUAACAGCUAGCAGUCCCAUUUAGCGUCUCUGGUAUUGGCUCUAAUGGAGUUGUUAUAGAUGUGGCGCGAGUGCCUUAAGCUAACACGGAGAUUCAGAUCUUUGUGAAUGGCAGCUCUUGCAGCUCAAACUGCAUUAUGUUGCACUCAAGUUUCACAAAUGGCUGUUUAUGAAUUUACCCUGGAGGACAUUUCGUGUCCGUGUGAGCUCUGAGGUUUGACAUCGUGUUAUCAGUGAAAAGCAUCGCAUAGCCAUGGGGUGACGGAAACAUAACGGUUUCUUUACCGAGGUGUGACUGCAUACGAUAAGGGCUCGGGUUCUCCUUUUUUAUGUAUAGCGAGUUCAAAAUACCUGAAUAAAGGUUAUUUAUUUGACUUUUCGGAGCGGUAAUGCGAAUGUGAGCUGUGGUGGAAAUCUUUAAGGAAGAGUGAAUGGUUUUGUACAGUCUCACCUUGUGUACCUUAUUAGAGCACGGCGUAAAUGAUACAUAUAUAUGAUAAUGUAAUGAAUUUGAAAAUAGUGUAUAUAUUGCUCUACAACUCUUGUUUAAAUUGGAAACUGUGUGCACUGCAAAGAAGGAUCUAGAAGUCUGACUCCUCUGAUCUUCCAUCAGGCGUCAAAAAAUUAACCUUCGUCAUACUUUAUAUCUCAUUUAAAUAUUUACGUCGCGGUUCGUAAGAACACACUGGACACAAAGAGUUCAGAUUAAAAUUGUUUGGCUCGUUGGUUCAUAUUGUCUGAAAAUAUUACUUCUGACCGUCACAAAAGCGCUGACACUGGAGACUCCUUCCAGACGUGUCACAUAAACAUCUCCUUACAGAAAGCCGAGCAUUCGUACCAUAUCAACCUUCUGAUCAGUCAAAUUCCAGAAUUCAGUUCUGCAAAAAAUUCAUCGAGAACUUUUGACCAAUCAGAUUUGAGAACAGUGCCGUUCGGUGAAAAAUGAACAAGCAUUUACGCUUGUAUUGCGUAAAACGCGGUAGGUGAAAACACGCCAUUUAUGCGAUCAAAUCUAAACCGUUUCCAUACGGGAUUUUUCGGGUGUUCAGGUGUUAUGAUGGCGUCACGUUUAUUAUUUGAAGUUACUUGUCGUACGUUUAGGGCGUUCGAUUGAUUUAGUAGCAGCCGUGUUACAGACGUGGAAACAUUUCGCUUGCCAAAAUGAACAUUUCCACUGUUCCUAAGUCACGUGACGAGGUCAUUUAGCUAAACUGUAUUUCUAUAUAGUUGUGGUAGGUGAGAAAUAGUAAAAUAAGGGAUCUUAAAAAUUCGAAUCUGGACUUUCACCUGUGAAUGCAUAAAUAUUACCUCAAUUAGAAUAGUGUUAUAGUAAAAUAGUAGAACACUAGAAUAGAAUAGUAAUAUAGUAAAAAUUUCAUUUUGACAGCCCUAGUUUGUACCACAUUGUGUUAUGUAUUAUACGCAACCAAUCAGUAGCAAACAGGAUUGCUCGCCCCGCCCCCGAAAUACCACUGUUUUUUUUGGUGCCGAACUAAAAAUAUAUGAAUAAUAAUACAGCUGGAACAUUGGAUACUGGAUCAGUGACUGAUGGAAAAAAAAUCUAAAUCUAAUUUGUAAAAUAUAAUUAGAAUGUGUAUUUGUUUUUAUACCUCAUUCACUGUAAAGUGGUCUCAGACUUUUGGGCCUGGAUGCAAGCACUUAUGUGUUUGUAUUUACAUAUAAAUGUUUCCCCCCCCACAAUAUGGUGUUACUAUGCAAUAAAAGGAUUAUAUUUUCAGGUAAAACAUUGGACAUAAAAAAAAAAUACCUGGCUUUGAAUUCUCUUGUUUUUUUCUCUCUUUUUUUGAUGAUCCAAUGCAGUCCAUUUUUAUUAGCUCAGUUGACAAAGCUUUCAAUUCUCAACGGUUAAACCUUUUGAAAACGGUUGUGUUAUAUUGGAACAGAUAUUACUGUAUUAAACUUUGGGUGCCAUUUCUGCCGUAUUUUCUGUGGUUUGCUAAUAUAUGACUGAAGUUUAUAUGCUUGUGAGUGUGUGUGACUUUUCACUGAAUUACAACAAAACGACAGCAUGCGGUUGAGAAG